CAAUUAUACUAGCCCCAUAUACUAGAAACCCAAAGUGAGCACGCGAGCCUUUACCAAAGCCUUGAAUACCGAAAAAGUAUAACCCGACGGAUCAAUCACCCCGCAGUCGAUCGCUUCGAUUCGAGAAAGCAUGGUAAAGGAUGUUCGAAAGACCCCAAACUUUCCACGGGCAAUCAAACCCCAUCCAAUCAAAUGGCGGGCUGAUGACACCAAUAUCAUCCAUGUGACCAAAAGCUGCGCUAGUGUGUUUAAUGGAGCCAAUCACAUCCGCAGAAUAUUCCAGCAACGGCGGGAAUCCGGGGCUAAAAGUGCCUGCCUGCAAUACGAACAACCCUCUCAGCAAAGCUGGGAAAUAACCAAACAGAUCAUCCUAAUCUUUUAUCUUUGACCUUUCAUAACGUUUCCUUGGGCAUAUUGCAGAUCCUUCAAUCCCGGAAAUGGCAGAUACCACUCUCAAAGAGGUCCCUUGGCACGCGGCGUAUCCCGCCCCAAAGUCUGUCGUGGCAUCGUUACCCCGCCAUGAACUUCUGCAAUGGUUCCGUGACGGGAAGAAGGCCGGAAAGGACUUUGUGCUUGUGGACGUGCGGCGUACUGAUUUUGAGGGUGGCACUAUUCGUGGCUCGAUCAAUCUGCCAGCACACAGUCUUUACCCGACGUUACCAGCAGUGUAUGCGCUUCUAUCGAGUAGUGGAGUGAAGCACGUUAUCUGGUACUGCGGAUCUUGCAAUGGACGAGGCCCGCGUACGGCAAACUGGUUUGCAGACUACCUGGCGCAAGAACAAGACACGACUAUGCAGAGCUUGAUUCUGGAAGGCGGGAUUAAAGGCUGGGCUGCAGCUGGGCCGGAGUACACUGAGUUGAUGGAAGAAUAUGAUGCAAAUGUUUGGACUAAGAAGUGAAGCUGCAGGGUGGAUUCCCUGCUAAGAGGAAUGUGUUGUGUGUACAGGACCAUGCUUGUACAUGAUAGUAAACAUGCAUUGGACAUUGAUUGUCUCUGAUAGAAGACCUUACUUACAAAGAUAUCCCUUGAGGAAGAAAACCACCAAUUUCAUGGAGGGGUACAGUGUUGGUGUCCGGCGGUCAAUAUUGGAAUAGUUCGUG